GUGAAUUGUUGUUCUUAUUGGAAAUAUAUAUUCGGCUUGAUAGUGUCAAUAAAUUUUAAGGCCGCUUCAUCAUAUUUUUUUCUUAUAAGUGGUUAUUAUAUUAUAAUCUUACAAUUAUUUAGUUGUAAUAUCAGUACAAAAGGAAAUAUAAAUCGGUGCUCCUUGGGCAAUAACAACACAAUAUAAGACUAUAUAAGGAAGGGGCGAACGUAAUCGCAACACCACCCUUCGCUUAUCGAAGUGUAUUUGAAACUCCUCAAACCAUAAUAUCGCUUAAAGUAGCUAACUUGUAGCACUAUUAACCCAAAAUAUGGAACCAAUUGAUAUAUCGCGAUUAGAGGAGGCAGUUAUUGUCUUUUAUCGAUCAACUUCUCAAGAGCAAGCUAUAACGCAUGAUUGGCUUACUAAGGCUCAAACAAGUCCACAAGCAUGGCAAUUUUCGUGGCAGCUAAUGGAACUAGGCAAGAGUCAAGAAGUACAAUUCUUUGGGGCCGUCACAUUACAUUCUAAACUAAUGAAGUAUUGGCAUGAAGUACCUCGAGAAAAUCACGAUGAACUAAAACAAAAAAUUUUGGAAAAAAUUGUUCAAUUCGCUUGUGGUCCUAAAUUAGUUCUUAAUCGAUUGUGUAUUGCUCUCAGCGCUUUCAUUGUGCAUAUGCUUGGAGAAUGGUCAACAGCUAUAGAGGAUGUUAUAAACACCUUUCAGAAUGAGCAGAUACCAAACGUCAAUAAAGAAAUGCAAUUAUGGAUAAUGUUGGAAGUUCUGCAAGCUAUACCAGAAGAAAUGCAAGCAAUUUUCACGUCGGUCAAAAGAACGACAUUGCGUGCAGAGGUAGCAAAGCGCACCCCAUUAGUAAUGGAGACAACAGAAGCUUACUUAAAAAUGCAAUUGGAUCAUGAAUGGGAUAGUGAAUGUUUUAGCAAUAUGACUCGAGCUGUUAAAUGUGUUGGUACAUGGGUAAAACAUGUCGGGUUUUCUAUUGAAAAUUGUCAGAAUAUUACCGCAAUAUUGCUUAAAUUGACCAACAAAUGCUACUGGCCUUGCAUACAGGACGCGGAUGGGGAUGGAUGUAUGUCUGCUGAUGAAAAUGAAUUAGCCGAGACGUGCCUAAAAACCUUACUGAGCAUAAUUAUUCAACCAGAUUGUCAUUCCUAUCCUAAAACGGCUUUUAUAUUGAUUCGAAUGUUUUUAGACUCACUAUGCGAUAUUACAAAAAUGGAAUGGAAACGUGAUAACAACAACGAAGACAUUGUAGUUAAUAUUUACACACUAUUCGUAUCUGCCGUUGAAAGGCAUUCACAACUUCUGUUAAGUGGAAUAACAACUACCGAUCCGGAGCUUUCUGUUCUCUACGGUCGUCUUGUUAAUGAGAUUCUACAAUGUACUGAUAAACCGGGAAUAUACCCAGUGGAAGAAUCCUGUAGCAGCAUGGCUAUGGGGUUUUGGUAUUUGCUACAAGAUGAGGUUUUUGCUAUGCACAACGAAGAGGAACGAUUGAAGUGUUGGGAAUAUAUAAAACCAUUAUACGCACAUUUAACUCGAAUAUUAGUUCGCAAAUCAGAACAGCCUGAUGACAAUUCCAUUGACAAAUGGACAUCAGAUGAUUUGGAAAGUUUUCGUUGCUAUCGUCAAGACAUAUCAGACACAUUCAUGUACUGUUAUGAUGUUUUACACGAGUAUAUACUUGAUAUACUGGCAACAGUACUCGAUGAGACUAUUGCUGAGAUGCAAAAUAAUCCCACACAAUGGACUAAACUUGAGGCUUGCAUAUAUUCAUUCCAAUCGGUAGCAGAACAUUUCGCAGGAGAAGAAUUAAAGCAGAUACCAAAGCUGAUGCGUGUUCUAUCCGAAAUUCCUUACAAUAAAAUGAAUGAAAAGCUACUUGGAACCGCACUGGAGACUGUUGGUUCUUACUGCCAGUGGCUAAAAGAAAAUCCGACCUAUAUACCCCCUGCUAUUGAACUGCUAGUGCGAGGACUAAAUUCCAAUAUGUCUGCUCAAGCUACUUUAGGGCUUAAAGAGCUCUGUUGUGAUUGCCAACUUCAAAUGAAACCAUACGCUGAACCACUUUUAAAUGCUUGCCAUACUUCGCUAACCUCGGGCCAGAUGAAAAAUUCUGAUUGUGUACGUUUAAUGUAUAGCAUAGGAAAACUUAUGAGCUUGCUACCAGCUACAAAUAUACCAAACUAUUUGGAUAUUAUAGUAGGCCCAUGCUUCGAGGAAUUGCAGACCAUUUGCCAAAAUGAUUGUAAAACACCAGCAACGCGGAUAAGAACCAUUUUUCGACUAAAUAUGAUAUCAACAUUAUUCUCCUCACUCAACACAGACUUGGAUGAAGAUGAUCAGAUCGAAGAUCUAGAAAACGUGCAACCAGUGUUAAUAGUAAUGCAGAAAACUAUGCCUAUAUUUCGGCAAAUUGCUGAACUUUGGGUAGAAGAAAUAGAUGUUCUUGAGACGGCCUGUACUGCUUUACAACAUGCAAUUGUCAAUCUCAAAUCCAGCUUUCGACCUAUGUUACAAGACCUCUGUUGCUUCAUUGUCGCUAUUUUCCAAACGCGUUGCUGCGCGCCAACUUUGGAAAUAUCCAAAACGGCUAUUAUAAUCUUCUAUAAGGACGAGGGGUGUAAGUCUUUAAUGCAGCAACUUCUAGUUGAACUCGUGCUUCACAGUUUUAAAUUAUUCGAAUCCACACCUGAGAACGCUUUCUCGAAUAUCGCCGACACAAUUGAGGUGUUUUAUGCAUGCCUCAUGCAGAUCAUCAAAAAGUUGCCGCAAGCCCUAGAUGACAAAGCGAUUGCAUUUGAUAGGUUAAUAUACUAUGCGUUAAAAGCAAUGACCUUGCCCGAAAAUGGUCCUAUACGCACCGGUGUUCAGUUUCUGUCGCAUUUUAUUCUGCAAUCACGUAAUUAUCCGGGUAUGACACAAGCAGUGCUUAAUGCUGGCGAGGAGAUUAUUCGCACUGCAGUGUUGUGUGUUGGCUGUGUCGCUCCCCGACAGCAAGUGGAAAAAUUCGCUGAUAUUUUCAUGGCAAUCAAUAAAAAAUAUCCAGCGGAAUUAGUUGCUUGGCUGAAGUUAGUUAUACAGGUACCAAACUAUCCCACACAACUUGUCGACGAAGCUGAGAAAUCUAAAUUUGUUACACUGAUUAUAAGGGAAAAAGUCAACAGACGCUUGCUGCAAAAACAUCUCAGCGAUUUCGCAGUAAAAUCGCGAGGCCUAACAGAUAAAUUUCAGUAGAAGCUUCAAAUAAAUUUAAUUUAAAAAAUAAAAAAAUAUCCAACUGUACAUAAUUCCUCUUUGCCAAAUUAUGUUAAUCGUCACUAAACGUCGAUGUUUGAUGUAAUAGUGACAUGCAAAUUUGUUAUGCUUUCCCGUGUUAGUAUUUGCCGUAUUUUCAAUGACUUAGGUAGGUGUUUUGCGAGAUUAUUAAGAGUCGAGUUAAAUUGUUUAAUUUUAGAUUUAUCGACCUACAUUUUAAAAUAAGCACUGAGUUUAUAUUUGUUUAUGUUUUAUAAAUAUCGCAUUUUUUUGUUAUGAAAAUGAUUACAAAACAACUCAAUAAAAAUUUUGAAAAAUUGUGGUCUCAUCACACAUUACUUAAUAUAUAUAGUAAAUAUAAGUAAAUAAAUUAUUUUAAACAAUUAGAAAUUUCAUUUAAUGAAAAAAUCUGAAAAUAUAAUAUAUUAAAGUUGAA